AUGUCGACUGAUAAAAUCACAUUCUUGAUGAACUGGCACGCAACGCCAUAUCAUGCACCUGUCUAUCUUGCUCAAAAGCUUGAAUACUUCGCCGAUGAAGGAAUCAAGGUAGCUCUUCUCGAGCCUAAUGAUCCAAGUGAUGUUACCGAAAUCAUCGGCUCCGAAAAAGUCGAUAUGGGUUUCAAAGCCAUGAUCCAUACUCUUGCCGCCAAAGCUCGGGACUUUCCCGUGACCUCCAUCGGAUCCUUACUUGAUGAGCCAUUCACCGGAGUGGUUUAUCUUAAGGAUAGUGGAAUUACCACCGACUUUCGCAGUCUCAAAGGAAAGAAGAUUGGAUAUGUUGGGGAAUUUGGAAAAAUCCAAAUCGAUGAGUUGACCAAGCACUAUGGAAUGAAGCCAACUGAUUAUGAAGCUGUUCGUUGUGGUAUGAAUGUCUCAAAGGCUAUCAUCGAGGGAACUAUUCAUGCCGGCAUCGGAUUGGAAAACGUUCAAAUGGUCGAAUUGGAAGAGUGGCUCGCAAACAAAGGUCGCCCUCGCUCCGAUGUUCAAAUGCUCCGUAUUGAUGAGCUUGCUGAACUUGGAUGUUGUUGCUUCUGUUCCAUCUUGUAUAUCGCAAAUGAUGCAUUCAUUGCACAAAAUCCAGAGAAGAUCCGCAAAUUCAUGAAAGCCGUCAAACGAGCAACCGACCACGUUCUUGGUUCUCCAUCCGAUGCUUAUAAGACAUACAUUGACAUCAAACCUGAAAUGGCUUCUGCUGUCAAUCGUAAGAUCUUUGAGCGCUCUUACGCAUACUUCUCGAAGGAUCUCAAGAAUGUUAGACGUGAUUGGGAAAAGGUCACCAAGUAUGGUAAACGUCUUGGUGUUUUGAAUGAAGACUUCAGUCCCAACUACACCAACGAAUUCCUCGAAUGGAAGCUUGAAGGCGAUUCGGCUGAUCCAACUGGUGACCAGAAGAGAAUGGUUGUUUUGCAACAGGAAGUUGCUGACAAGGGUGGAUUCAAGAGACUUGAUGUUCAGCUUGUUGCAUGA